AUGCAGCCUUCUGUGACCAAGAUACCUGAUGAGGACGCUCCACCAUCAACACCAAACCCUUUGUCUGCAGACAACCUUGCUUUGCUCAUUGAUGCCUUCAGCGCUUCUGUGCCUGAAGAAUUCCUUGAUGAUCCAGCAACCUAUGCUGAAGCCAUGGCUUCACCUGAUGCUGACCACUGGCGCACUGCACUUCAGGAGGAGUUUGAUUUACUCAAGAACACAGGCACUUACACUUUAGUGCCAUGUUCUGCAGUGCCCCGUGGCCACCGCAUCAUGAAAGGUUGA